AACAAAAUCUUAGUGGCCAUCAGGGCGACUCCGCACAACAAAAUCCAACUCUUAUUCGCCGCAUCUGAGUUCCCCACAGCAUUAAAAAUUCAGCGGAAUGCGACUGGCCACUUGGUCAGGUUGGAAGGUGCUUCAGCAUUGGUACUGGACUGGUUGUCUCUUCGACAUAAAUUCAAUUACUCUAUCUUGGACAUCAACGGCCCUCCACGUCCGAUUCAAACCCUUGAACCUGCUGGACCAAACAAUCCAGGGCUCAUCAGCUACGUAGUUAGAGGGGAAUGUGACGGGAUUCUCGCCAUCAUCAACGCGACACCGGACCGUUCACGCCGUCUGGAACUUGUCCAGCAAUGGUUCUACACGCCGAUUGCCUUUCUGAUUCCAACCCCUGAAGUUUCGCAAAUGAACGUCGAUGCCGUGAUUAAACCAUUUCAGUUAUGGGUGUGGGUGAUGUUAUUUGUAUCUGCCGCCUCCGUCAUCAUCGCAUUGCUGUACUUCAAUUGCCUCAUUCUCAAUAAGGAGAUGAAAUUCUCCGCUGCUGAUGACGAAGAAAAGAUGUCAAUCGUAUCUCCUAUCCGCACCUCUGAGAGCAUUUACAUGUAUGUAGCGGGGACGCUAUUGAAUCAAGGUGGAUACAUUUCCAGCACAUUGACAACCAUCCGGCUAGUGGUGGGGGCCUGGUGCCUACUGACCUUUGUCCUUCUCAACGUCUACAACGGCAUUUUGAUCUCUUACGUCACCGCUACCCGACACGCUCGUCCGCUCAUUAACUCUGUCGACGAUGUCCUAGCCGAUCCCAACAUCCACUUGAUCCUGAAUAAGGGUUUAGGUGCAGACAUUGUAUUUUCAUCCGCCGAGAAGGGAUUGUUCAAGGCGAUGGGCGACAAACUGCGAUCCUAUCCCCACUCGAGAUGCAACUCGACACAGCAAUGCGUCGACAUGAUCAAAACCACACCCCAUCGGCACGUCUACUUGCACGGUUCGGUGGUUUUAAAAGCUGAAAUCCAAAGGGACUACAAGAAAACUGGGCAGUGCCAAUUGACUAUAGCCGCAACAAUGCAGGACGGAUUGGGUCUCGGUUGGGGACUAGCCAAAAACAGUCCUCACUUGGAGAAAUUCAAUCAAGGGACUUUGGAACUUCUUGAAAAUGGACUCAUAUCUUCGUGGUUGACUCGGUUGGAGCCCAACACUCGGCCUUGUUGGAAUAACGACAAGGGCAAUAGCAACGCCAAUAAGAGCGACAAAAAGCCGCUGGUACGAUUGACGCUGAUGAACUUGACGGGAGCAUUUCUUGUUUUGGCGGUUGGAUCUCUAGUGUCCGUGUUGGCGUUCCUGACUGAAGGGAUUCUUUCUCAUUAUUGGAAAAGGCAUCAGCAGAUGACCAGCAUUGCAUAAAAGUCUUACAAAGGAAAAUGAUAGUGCUGGCCACCAUAUAUGAUGGCAACAGCAUAGCAUUUAUUAGUUCGUUACCGCUCCGACACAAAACUCACUAUACUCUGUUUCUGACACAAUUAAACAAAGAUAUAAUUAUAGGUAGUUUAUAUUAUUUAUUGUGUGUGAUAAUGAGACGUAGACCGCUAUGGAUUGAGUAAAAACCCAAACAUGUAUUAAACGGUUAUUGCUGUGUGUAUAGGCUAUAGACAGAAGAUGUAUAGACAGUAGAAUAUCCGAGCUGUAAUCUUAAUUGGAUGUAAUACACAAUCAAUGCACGUUAAA